AUGAAAACAGAGUUCCAGCUCGAGUUCACCAAGCUCAGCGACCGUAUGACUGAGGAAGUCGCUAGGACCACGGCCCGGAUGGCACAGGAAUUGUCGCAGGUGCGAGAGCAGCUUACUCAGGUUUGCAGCGAGCUGGAGCGUACCCGACUGCAGCUGGAUACCGUGAGCGAGGCUCAUGCAGCACGAUCGCCUGGUCGAUCAUAUGCGGAUGUUGCCGGGAUGACGCCUAUUAGUAUUACCACUCAAACUCCAUCCACGGUUCGAUCGGCAACCCCGGAACCGGUGUUCUGCACAGUAGACACAUCCCGGGUGCCCGAGGAUCAUAUCGGAGACACUACGCCAGCAGUGCUUCGCAGAACCAUUGAACAGGAAAUGCGAACGUCUAGCGACCAACCUAGUUGGCGAUGUGUUGCAGUGACCAGAGAUGGACGAAAUACCAACCGCCUGAGGGUCAUCGGUAGGAAUGAGGAAGAACUGAAGAAGAUCAAGACCAUUAUUGAGGUCAAGAAGGCUCCAGGUGCGAGAGUCCUCCGAGGCCAACUGUACCCAGUCAAAGUUGACAACAUCAACCGUGCGGCCGUCCUCGACCAGGAAGGCAAGGUCCUUCCAGGAGCAAUGGAAGCUUUGGGCCAGGAGAAUGAAGUCCAGAUUGCCAAGAUGGCCUGGUUGAGUCGAAAAGACCGCGUAAAGGCGUACGGAUCUAUGGUGGUAUACCUCACCAAAAGCAGCGAUGCCAGGAGACUCCUACAGGAACGCUACUUCCUUGCAGCGGGUGAAUCGGCAUAUACCAGCGCGUUUGAGCGGAGAACCGGACCGAUACAAUGCUACAACUGCCAGGAGCUUGGCCACAAGGUCUUCUCGUGCAGCAAGAAUCGGGGUGAAGCGGACCAGAUCAUUGACCUUAUGCACGAACUUGGCCUCACCAGCUUGCUCCCCAGAGGAACGAAGACGUGGAGUGACGGAGUCUUUGAGACAACGGUCGACUUGGUCUUGGCCUCGGAGGAGUUGACGGCAUCAACUGUCCAAUGCGCGAUUCACAGGACGGAACACGGCUCAGAUCAUCGGGCGAUUAACACGGUCUUCGACAUUUCGGUUCCCGGACCAAAACAACAGACUCGGCUUCUCCUGAAGAAUGCGCCAUGGAGAGAAAUCAACACAAGAAUUGCAAGCGCGCUGGAGGCAUUGCCGUCGGAAGGCACCGUACAGGAGAAAACUGACAGGCUGAUGUCGGUGGUUGUGGAGGCGGUUCAUUCCCUGGCACCAAAAGCCAAGCCGUCGCCGUACGCCAAACGGUGGUGGACGACGGAUCUCACGCAGCUUCGCCAAAUAUAUACGAACUGGAGGAACCGCGCUCGAGCCGAGAGGCGAGCAGGGCAAACCAGGACGGAGCUGGAAGAGAUGGCGAAAGGGGCUGCAAAGCAGUAUCAUGACGCCAUCAGACAACAAAAGAAGAAGCAUUGGAACGAGUUUCUGGCGGACAAUGACAACAUCUGGAAGGUGGCCAAGUACUUGAAGUCUGGGGAUGAUGCGGCAUUUGGCAAAAUUCCGCAGCUGGCCAGGGCGGAUGGGACAGCCACGACUAACCACAGGGAACAAGCUGAAGAGCUACUAUCCAAGUUCAUUCCUCCCCUGCCGAACGACAUCGAAGACGAAGGCCCUAGGCCUCAAAGAGCCCCUAUAGCGAUGCCAGAUAUCACAACAGAGGAGGUGUGGCCAGUCGUCAAGCACUGGGUGAUGGCAAUAUUCCGGGCUUCAUUGGAAGAGGGAACGUUGCCCCAUCAGUGGAGGCAUGCAAAGAUCAUACCGCUCAAAAAGCCCGGUAAAGGAGACUACACGGUGGCAAAGGCCUGGCGACCGAUUUCCCUACUGGCUAUACUCGGCAAGGUAUUGGAGUCGGUGGUCGCGGAAAGGAUCUCACAUGCUGUGGAAACGUACGGCUUGCUCCCGACGAAUCAUUUUGGAGCCCGCAAGCAACGAUCAGCAGAACAAGCGCUUCUGCUCCUGCAGGAACAGAUCUAUGCCGCUUGGCGACGUGGACGGAUCGUGAGCCUGGUCAGUUUCGAUGUCAAGGGAGCUUACAAUGGAGUGUGGAAGGAAAGGCUUCUUCAGAGAAUGAAGGCACGUGGCAUCCCGGAGCAGCUAGUUGGCUGGGUAGAAGCGUUUUGCUCCAAUCGCACGGCAUCGAUCCUAAUCAACGGAGAGUCAUCGGAAAUUCGAGACCUACCACAGGCGGGCUUACCCCAGGGCUCUCCGCUGUCUCCAAUCUUGUUUCUUUUCUUCAACGCAGAUUUGGUACAGCGGCGGAUCGACAGCAACGGAGGAGCGAUCGCGUUUGUGGACGAUUUUACAGCCUGGGUCACAGGGCCAACAGCGCAGAGCAACCGUAAGGGAGUCGAAGCUGUUAUCAAAGAGGCUUUGGAUUGGGGGAGGAGAAGCGGCGCGGCAUUUGAGGCGGACAAGACUGCUAUCAUACAUUUCACCCGGAAGGAGUCCAAGUCCGACUCAGAGCCCUUUGUGAUCAAGGGGCAGACAGUCCAACCGAAAGACCGUGUCAAGAUCCUGGGAGUCAUCAUGGACGGCGGGCUCAAGUACAAGGAACACAUCGCCAGGGCAGCAUCCAAGGGGUUGAAAGCGGCAAUGGAACUGAAGAGGUUAAGGGGCUUAUCACCAGCGACAGCAAGACAGCUAUUCACAGCUACAGUAGCCCCGGUUGUGGACUACGCCUCCAAUGUGUGGAUGCACAGGUGCCAGGACAGAAUCAUGGGACCAAUUAACAGGGUUCAGAGAGCGGGAGCCCAGGCUAUCGUUGGAACGUUCAGUACAGUGACGACGAGCGUAGCGGAAGCAGAAGCUCAUAUCGCUUCAGCACAACAGCGGUUCUGGAGGAGGGCAACCAAGAUGUGGACGGAUAUUCACGCAUUGCCCUGCACCAACCCUCUCCGCAGGAUGAUAUCCCGCAUACGAGCGUUCAGAAGGGCUCACCGGUCACCACUCUACCAGGUAGCAACGACACUCGGAGACAUACCAAUGGAACAGCUGGAAACCAUUCAACCAUUCGCACUAGCGCCAUGGGAAGAAAGAGUGGAAGCCAUCACCGACGAGGCAGCCCCAGGAGAGUCGGAAGCAGGCUGGGCCAUACGCAUCGCAGUGAGCAGCUCUGCGCGAAAUGACGUAGUGGGUGUUGGUGGAGCAGUCCAGAUUCCGCUUUCGGUGCGAGGCGGCCCAAAGCUCGAGACCUUCUCAUUUACUCUUGGUAUGAGAACAGAACAGAACCCAUAUAGCGGAGAGCUAGCGGCGAUGGCGCUGCUGCGCUUACGCUCAAGCAACCCCCGUCAGCAGUCCGGGCAAGAAUACAUACGCUGUAUCUACGAUUCGAUUGAAGAUCUGCGGGAAGACAGAAACGUCGUAAGGGUCCUGUGGCUACCCUCAAGCGAUGAAAACGAGCUUCUGAAGCAGGCCAAGGCAGAGGCAUGGAAGGCAACACAGCAAGGAGCCAUUCCUCAAAAGUGGUUUCCUGGCAUGAAAUCGACAACGCUUAGGAUCGCAUGA